UGAAAAUAUUGUAACAGAAGAAGAUACUACAACAAAAACAUUGUACAGAACUCAAGUUCCUUUUUGUCUGUCCUCGAGGCCAGGCAAUAGGCAUCACCGCCUGCGUCACUAUGGAAGUUUCUGGUACACGCUCAUUUUCAAAACCAUAGUCAUCCGCUUUACUAUAUAAAUCCCCUCUCACCCUCUCUGUUUUACCCAUCAUAUACACCCAUAUCUCUUCUAUAUCAUUUCAUACUCUCAUCUAUUUGUUUGGAAAUGGCCAAAUCAUCCGAAACUGAACACCCUGUCAAGGCUUUUGGCUGGGCUGCCAGGGACACUUCUGGACUUCUUUCUCCCUUCAAAUUUUCAAGAAGGGAGACAGGGGAGAAGGAUGUGAGGUUGAAAGUGUUGUACUGCGGAAUUUGUCAUUCCGAUCUUCACAUGAUCAAGAAUGAAUGGGGAAUCACAAGCUACCCUGUUGUUCCAGGGCAUGAAAUUGUUGGUGUGGUAACUGAAGUCGGGAGCAAAGUUGAGAAGGUUAAGGUUGGAGAUAAUGUUGGAAUAGGGUGCUUAGUUGGAUCUUGUGGUUCUUGUGAAAGUUGCUGUGAUGAUUUGGAGAAUCACUGUGCAAAGCAAGUACUGACUUAUGGUUCUCCAUAUUUUGAUGGAACCAUGACACACGGAGGAUAUUCUGAAUCUAUGGUUGCAGAUGAGCGCUUCAUUGUUCGUUGGCCAGAGAAUUUGCCACUUGAUUCUGGUGCUCCUCUACUAUGUGCUGGGAUUACCACAUAUAGUCCCCUCAAAUACUUUGCACUCGACAAGCCUGGCACUAAGGUUGGUGUUGUAGGCUUAGGUGGGCUAGGCCAUCUGGCUGUAAAGUUGGCAAAAGCUUUUGGCGCUCAUGUUACUGUAAUAAGUACUUCUGAAAGCAAAAAGAAGGAAGCACUGGAAAAACUCGGUGCAGAUUCCUUUUUGAUAAGUCGUGAUCCAGAACAAUUGCAGGGUGCGAUGAGCUCACUUGAUGGUAUUAUUGAUACUGUAUCUGCUACUCACGCUGUUGCUCCACUGCUUGGGUUAUUAAAGCCUAAUGGAAAGCUUGUCAUGGUUGGUGGACCUGAAAAGCCACUUGAGGUGCCAGUGUUUCCUUUGCUUAUGGGGAGGAAGAUUCUUGCUGGCUCUAACAUUGGUGGACUGAAGGAAACACAAGAAAUGCUUGAUUUUGCAGCGAAGCACAACAUAACAGCUGAUGUUGAAGUUAUUUCAAUGGACUAUGUGAACACUGCAAUGGAGAGACUUCUGAAGUCUGAUGUUCGAUACAGGUUUGUCAUCGACGUUGCCAAUACCUUGAAGAUGGAGUGAAGUUUUGGAAGGAGUUCAUUUUUCUUUUGAAACCAUUAUCUUGUGUUUGAUAUUUAUGUUAUUUUGUUAGUGAAAUUGUAUUCUCAGAAUAAGAACAAGAUAAUCUUUAAUGUAUCCCUGAAAUCCUGUAUCAGAUUCUGCAUAUUGUAUUAGAAAUUCAGCUUUAAAUAUAUAAACUCAAAUUCAACUUA